GAGCUAUGCAUAGAUUGUGCGACAUUGUAGCGUGGAGGAAUGAAGCCCCUCCAGAUCCUCAGGCCAUUCAUGGCAAGUCUCGGUCACGCUCAUCCAAAAGUAUCAAUCUAACGUGGACGAGACCGCGAAGCGAACGUGGGUACUUACUGAUGGGCUCUCUCCUGAUCGGAAUGUUGAAUCCGAAAGAUUCUGGGCCUGCAAAUAAUUUCCUUUUGUGUUACAGUACUCUUUGCAUGACGCAGGUUGCUGCCGGAAUAGAUUAUCUCUAUCCGACGUGGAUCUUCCCGGAUCUUUGAGCACGGGCUCUCGGGAGGCCGCUGCCCGAACGAUCAGGUCAGCCCUUCGUUGCUCCCCCACGUGCUGCUGCCCUAACGGCUCGAUGGGCGGUCUUCGCAUCCUUUUCGCUCCAUCACUUGGCCCCCUCGUUCCCCUCCUUGUUUCCUAAUCCUAACGACGGUGCUUCCACUCCUCGAGCAUUUUCCCCGAAGCGUCUGCAUCUGUGAGCCCCUGGAGUCGAUGCUCAGUUCUGUUUGGUGAACUCGAUGGGGGUGGCAGCAUUUUAUUGCAACCCAUUUCAGCGCAACUCAUCGAUUUUUUGCGCUGGCUCCGAAUUUCGGCCCGGAUGAUGCUGACAAGGUUUGUCCGAAGAGAAAUGACUCGAUCCAAGGGGGCUCGAGAAUGUGAGAAUGUGGCGUGGGCUGUUGGUUAAGGAUGACGGUAGAAAACUUCGUAUGGUCCUUUCAGAGUUGCUAUGAUGAGUCUCGUCCUUAGACUCUCUUCGGAAGUUUGGAAGAUCGAUCAUAUGGGAUGAAGAUAAGUCAAAGUUUGUUAUCCGGAAGCAUCCACAGGCCAUGCCAGCCCUUCCCCACAACUUAUAUGUUCAGAGGAGUGGAAAAUAUGUAGAGGGUAGCUACAGACAUGCAAAACAUGAUAGGGUCUGCAGAUGGGGCUUGCAACCUUUAAUCGCCGUUAUGAUCGCCGAUUAUCAUCUUUUCAUGCAAAAAGACAGUGCACAGAACGUGGGUUCUUACACCUGUACCAUGAGGCAUAUUGAAAAGCAUGGGGACGAAGAAGUGAUUCGCCAGAGGUUUUUCCCUUGCCCGUCUGGUUGGUCGCCGACGAGUCUUGUUCGUCACAAGAUUUCUACCUUUUCUGGUAACCUGGACGGGUCCACUAGCUGGUGUCGCCCACACAGUCAGCCACUGGACAGAUUUUAAAAAAAAAUGGAAGACGAUAGAUUACAGAACUAAAUCUAUUUCGUUCUGCUGGUUCUUCGAUGGUAGAGCUCGUGCAUAAAAACUUACAAAGUGUAAUAUUCUUCGAGGUGUUUACCUCUCUGCUUGUGAUGGCAUUCCGUACUUGCCAAUUCUUACUCUAAAAAAGUGCGAUCGACUGGCUCACUUGAUCCGGGUUAAAAAUAUAGUUAUCAC